UUGGACGCGUCACCCGACAAUACUUCCCAAUAGCCCAGCAGCCAUGUCGCUGCAAAACCCCGCUGGGUCACGCUGCGGCAGCUCGCUUAUGCAGCAGCACACCCUGCUCUCGCUGCCUGUCACCACUCAACCUCACCACCGCAACCCCUGGCCUGACUGACAGCCUGACUGAACUCCGUCUACGUCUCUCUCUCUCUUUCGUGCGCGCUCUCUCUCUCUGUCUGAAAUUUGGACGUUACUCGCUCCCUCCCGCUUCUCGGAUCUCGAACUCAGCGCCUAGGUCGUGUGUCAGAAACGAUUCAAGGCGGGAAGUUCCCGCAAUUUCCGCGAUGACUGCGCCAGUCGCGUCAGCGGAGCGGCCCUCUUUGCUGGAUCCAGCCAAUCAGACAAGGACAUCCUGGCUCAAACUUCGCGCCGAUAGAAAUUGUCGGCAGAGUCAGAAGUUCGUUAGCAGGUUAUUCCCCCCUGGAAGGCUUUUCCGAGUACUACUACGUUGACUGCCAGUGAGCUCGCGCUGUUGGCAAAACUGUAUACGAGAGAAACAAUUGUUAUUACUACUAUUCUUUCGUGCGACUCGGACUACUUGUGCAGCGUUAACAGUUCUAGUGUGGUAGGCAGAACGCACCGAAUCUUGAGUCAAAACGUACGAUUCACUGCCAAUGGCACCCCCCUUUUCUGCGUUGAGGCGUCUAGUGUAGAAGCUCGUUUCGUCAACGUAAGAGACAGCUCUCUAUUAGAUGUAAUGCAGUAGUACCGCCGCUAUAUUUCAGACACGCGACUUUCACUUGACUGCGACAAGGAAACUAUUUUCGUGCAUCGCAUAGCCAUGGAAUCCAAGGCACAUCGGCAGCAGCGGUUCCCCCAAAGAGUCCAGGUUUCAGCUCGGAAACGUCGGGAAGUCCCGGCCGUCGGGGAACAUUUUGAGGUCUCGGCCGUCGGGGAACAUUUUGAGGUCCCGGCCGUCGGGGAACAUUUUGAGGUCGUGGCCAUCGGGGACCGUGACUGCAGUCAAUCACGGUCAAUAUUCCCCGUUCUCCACCUCUCACGUUCAAAUACCCCUCUCCCGCUCACGCUCCUUCCGCUUUUCCUGCUCCUCUUGUCGCUCCUCCUCGCGUCGCCGUCGCUAGCAGCGAAACCUUUCGACCGGCGCGCGAUCUUUCGCGCGGCGGAAACCAAGUUGGCGGCGGGUGUCCCGCGGACGAUGGGUGUCCCGCGGCCCUCCGCCAUGGGCGAUUCGCUCCGUUUAAGCACAUCGCGGCUCGUUAAAAGCACGCUCCCUCUUGAGAAGGCGUGGCGGGGCAUGAGAGCAGGUCAAGCAAGCGAAACAGGGGAGGCCGCGACGGGCACGGGUAAACUCAACGAUAUGGGUUUCGCGGCGUUUCCCCUCGGCAACCAUAACGCGCCGUCGAAAAACAAGGGCCCAUCAUGGCAGUGGAAAAUCACUGUUCCCUGGCCGGGGAGGCGGGGUAGGGGCGGCGGCAAGGGCGGCAGCACGGGCAGCACUGGCACCACGGGCAGCACGGGUGGUACCGGAAACACGGGUGGUACCGGAAACACGGGCGCGGAGGAAGCACGAGCAACGGAGGAAGCACGAGCAGCGGAGGAAGCACGAGCAGCGGAGGAAGCACGAGCAGCGGAGGAAGCACGAGCAGCGGAGGAAGCACGAGCAGCGGAGGAAGCACGAGCAGCGGAGGAAGCACGAGCAGCGGAGGAAGCACGAGCAGCGGAGGAAGCACCGGGAGCGGCGGCAACACGGGGAGUGGCGGAGGCACAAGCAGCGGAGGUGGACUGACGGCGGAGCAGCAAGCAGUGAACGACGUCAUAGAAUUCUUGGAGCAGCGGAGAUUCACGGGAACUGCGACGGGCAUCGCUACCAGUGGAUUAAAUCAGACUCUGACGAGUACACUCGUCACCGCUAAUAUUACAAUCUUCGCGCCAACCAAUGGAGCGUUUUUCCGCAUGCCCAAGAACGUGCGGUUCGGAGGGUUGAGGAGGAAGCCAAUCGUUUUGAAACAGGUCAUGGCCUAUCAUGUGCUGCCACGUCGGCUGGAAUUCAAUGACCUGAAGGCCCUUGGGAAUGGAUACCUGUUGGAUACACUUGACAACGUGGCACUAAAGAAGAACAAAACGGACUUCUGGCUGCGCAUUGCCCGGCCAGGGGACACUUGGGGAGCGCGAGUGGUGCUUGGAAACAUGUACAUGUCCCCAUCAAUCGUCGUUCAUGGAGUGGAUACCGUGCUACUUCCAACCAAAGUGAAAAAUAACGGGAUCUGAUAGAUAGACCACCAUCCUAUAAAGUCGUUAUGGUCACAUGUGAGCUGGCUGCGUUAUGGAAUGGUGUGUUGUA